AUCAACCCCAGUGCCUUUAAGCGGGUCUAUGAAAUUUGGGCCAGCUUUCACUGCAGUCAACAAACCCAAAAGCCCAGUCUGUGCCAAAAACGGUAUAUUAUUAAUCAGUCUAUUCAACUGUUUUGAACAGAAAGUCUCAAAAGUGUUACCCUUGACCUCUCAUAAUGCGCGUUUGAGUUUGGCAGUACCAAACAAUACCAGUGCCUUAGUCACACCUUUUGAUUCAGAUGACUGAUUUUAGUAAAAAGGGUGUUCGAUAUGACUGUACGACUGGGAAUUACACUGCUACAACUCGCCUACUAAACAGACAUACCACACUCACUUAAUGUUUUGAAGGGAACCUUGUGUAUUGGGCGUGUUUUUUUUAGAACUUAUUGGAACUUAUCGUGAACUUGUUUGAUUUUAUUGGUGUCAGAGAACCCGUCAAGUUCAUCAGUAUUACAGAGCGUGAAGAGCACUGUGGGAGUAGGACAUUUUGCAGUCGUGAGUUUUGAAACCAACAUGGCGUCUAUGAACUAUACGAAACUGUGGAGUGUUAUGACUGUAAUGGUGGUGUUCUCUUGCGUUUUGGUGCAGUCGGAUAAGAUCCCUAUCUUUUCUACCAGUCCGACCGACACGAUUGCCGCAGUCGGACAUUCUGUGACUAUCUACUGCUCCAUCGCUAACCGAGGUAACUACCAGGUGUUCUGGAACAUCGUCAAGAACGCCAGGGGAGAUGCCAUACCCGAAGAGUUCACUCUCGGCCCCUUCACCAACGAGCACGCCUCUUACGCGCGUUUUCAGAUAGUAGGGGACGUGAUUGGUGAGUACAACCUUCGCAUUUCAAACGUAUCCAAGGAAGAUGCCGGGAGGUACGUCUGUCUUGUGCACGACCCCUCAGAUGGCAUGGCCUCGGCGAUCGAAUCCGGAGUAAGUCUGACCGUCCUAGACAGUGAUGUGGCCCCUGGGAUAAGCUAUCCGAAAUGUCAAAGGGACCCAUUGGGAAACAGCGUACUGAUGCCUGGGCAAUAUAUCAAGGGGGAUAUACUGGAGCUGACGUGCACUUCUAAAGGGGGCGUACCCCUAGCCGAGCUGUCGUGGGAGGUGGUUUAUUUGAACGGCUUUAAGGAAAGACUGUUGAGCAAAACGCUUGUGAUCGGCGAUGUGGUGAUGACGACCACGUCACUCGAGCUAACUAGUCUUCAUCACCAGUCGUACUUUAAAUGUACGGAGGAGCAUCCAUCGACGGCGGUACCUCGGACCUGCAAGACGCCGUUCACUGGGUCCGAAUCCCUCCUGGACGUUCUGUACACACCAGAGGUCGAUAUGACUCCAAACGUGGUCAACGUCAUGAUACUGGACACAGUCAAAGUCACGAUGAGCUGCACAGCGCACGCCAAUCCCCCCAUUUUCCGUAGACCUGCCAUCAUGCUCCCCGUGAAUAAGUCGGCUGUUUACCCACUCGGUGAGCUCGACCAGUCACUGGUUGAGGUUGAACUGACCGUGGACGAUGUCGGGAAGAGCUUCUACUGCCGAGCAGAGAACGAAGACGGCAUAGGGGAAGAUACGAUGGACGUCCUGAAGUCGACUUCAAUCCCGACGUGGUUGGUUCUUGUCAUCAUCGGCAGCAUUGCCGCGGUCAUAUUCAUCUUCAUCAUAUUGGUUAGCUGUAUCUUGUGCGUCGAUAGAUCAAAAUACGACGACGCCACCAGGAGUUCAAACUCCUCCAGGCCGACUUCGAUGAAGAAAGAGGACGAUGGUUUCGAUAACAUGAUUCCAAUAGAGGAGUUUCAGGGUGGGCAAGAGUCUUCACACGUGAAUCCUGAUAAGACGGCCACCAAUGACUACGAGACUGGGGAGACUGCUAGCCCACGAUACCAGAACGUCAAUGGGGCCUUCGAAGGGGACGAGAUAGUACCGCAUUCACCUGAGCCUGAUGCAGACUUUGUCCCAGUAGAUUUGUCUUAAGUUCUUCCACUAUAAAGGAACACGUUGCCUUGGAUCGGACGAGUUGGUCUAUAAAAAGCGUUUGUAACCGUUUGUUAUA